UCGGAUAAACAACUUUAAAUUGCUAAAACUCUAACAAAACGUUUAAGAAACAUGUUAUUUUAGAUAUAUUAUGCCCUUUGUCACGUCUCAAAACGUUUAGACGAUUUAUAUAUUCAGUUUUUAUUUAACUGUAAAUAAACUAGUAUUUGUAGCGAGUAGGUUUUAAAUAUCAGUAUAUUUACAACUUUAAAUAAAAUGAAAUUUUAAGGACGUAUUGUAGUUUUUAAGGAAUAUUUUAAAAAUAGUGAAUUGAACAAAAUGAGAGAAGACAAAAGCAUAAAAGGUGGAAAGGAUUUAUUCUUCGAAGACACAGUAUGUUCUCCAAAAAAUGUAAUUUUACAUGCUUUGAAGCUCAUAUCGCUGUUCACAAUUCUGAUACUGAUUGUUGUGAUGAUAGUUUCAAUUGUGACUUGGUCCAGCACUGCAAUGGGGACAAAAACUUUUAGCGAUACAUUUGUGCAUCUUCUUAGUAAAGCUGCACACUUUUGGGCAAAAUGCGUUUUGGUCUUAAUUGCAGAAAUUGUAUUUGCCUGGUAUUCGUUCCACCGGUUUGAGCUAGGACACAGCGAAAUCAUGUCUAUCGUUCAAAUUGUCCUAUUUUUUAUUUUGUUUUUUGUCGUUAUUUGUAUACUUAUACUACAGAACCCUUUAACAAUUUUUGUAUUUUGGCUUUCAUAUUUCUUCAGUUUUGUUUUCUUUUACUUUUCAUCAUGCUACAGGUACGGCUUAAAACCGCCUUCUGUAGAGCAACUACCUAUUUAAACAACAGUUAGUAAAAGAAAAUAUAAUAGACAAGAUCAACAAGGAAAGGCGGCGUUCAAAAGAUCCUAACAAAAGAUCUUACCUUUCCGGAACAACCAAAAUACUUGUAUCUAAAUAGAUAUUGCACUAUAUAAGUGGUUCUGUAUUAUUCAAAAUGUACAAAAUUGAUAUUUCCUACUUUAAUUCUAUCUCAAAAUUAUAAAAGCUUGAUUUUUUACUGCAUUGCAUAUUAAUUUUAUAUAAAUAUGUUUGUUUGUU